GUAACACGCGCGCGCGUGCGGAGUCACCCUGAAUGAUGUCCGGAGCCACCACCAAAUCUACCACUCCUCACUGCGUUAAAAUGAAAAAGGACGAAUCUUCUUUUUUGGGGAAAUUAGGAGGAACCUUGGUGAGGAAGAAGAAGUCUAAAGAAGUGAGUGAUCUUCACGAGGAGGGUAAGAAUGCCAUCAAUGCUCCCAUGCUUCCCACUGGGACUGACAUCCAUCCAGAGGACACGCUGCUGGAGGACAAUGCUGAGAGGGUCAUGUUGGACCCAACAUCGAGGGAAAAUCUUAAGUUCAAAGAUUUAUUGAAGGUCUUGAUUGACUGGAUCAACAGUGAGUUGGAAGAAGACCGGAUCAUAGUUAAAGACCUGGAGGAGGACUGCUACGAUGGACAAGUUCUCCAGAAGUUAUUUGAAAAGUUGUCUGGCAGGAAGUUGAAUGUGGCUGAGGUGACUCAGUCAGAGAUCGGCCAGAAGCAGAAGCUCCAGACAGUUUUGGAGGCUGUGAAUGAACUGCUGAGGCCUCAUGGCUGGACCAGCGAAUGGAGCGUAGACUCGAUCCAUUCAAAGAACCUGGUGGCUAUUGUUCAUCUGCUGGUGGCGCUCGCGAUGCACUUUCAGGCCCCUAUCCGACUUCCUGAGCAUGUGUCUGUACAGGUGGUCGUGGUCAAGAAACGAGAGGGAAUCCUGCAGACAGCUCUAGUCUCCAAAGAGCUGACGAGCACCACAGAGAUGAUGAUGGGACGAUUCGCAGAGCGGGACGCCUUCGACACCCUGUUGGAUCAUGCACCGGAUAAACUCAAUGUUGUAAAAACGUCACUCAUCACAUUUGUGAACAAACACCUGAACAAGCUGAACCUGGAAGUUACUGAGCUGGAAUCUCAGUUUGCUGAUGGGGUGUACCUGAUAUUACUGAUGGGGUUGCUGGAAAACUACUUUGUCCCUCUGUACAACUUCUUCCUCACCCCUGAGAGCUUUGAACAGAAGGUCCACAAUGUGGCAUUUGCCUUUGAGCUGAUGCAGGACGGAGGCCUGAAGAAACCCAAAGCCAGACCAGAAGAUGUUGUCAACCUGAACCUCAAGUCCACGCUCCGGGUUCUGUACAACCUGUUUACCAACUACAAAAACUCUGAGUGAACUUUUGCAGUUCCAGCUGCUGAUAUUACUCUGAACACUGUCUUGUGCCUCUGCUGAUAUUAUGCUUUACAGUAUGUCUGGACACUGGAGGAGAAGAACUAGGACUGAAGUCAUAAUGUGCCAUAAUAUGCCACAAAAGAGUGUAUUUAUUCCAUCUUAAAUUACAGGAAACCCAGCAAAAUGAAACAAGGGCAAAAGUUUAAAACUGGAAUCAUUUGUCUCAA